GCUGUGUGUGAGGAGGCAGCGGCAGCAGCAGGAGGAGUGGGCACACUUUACUGACACCGCUCCCCUCACACUUGGACACAUUGAGGAGAAGGAGGCUGGGGGGAGCUGGUGCUGUCACCCCCCCAUUAUACCACAAGCACGGGGUCUCCAGCCCAAGCAGACGGGGGCUGCCAACCUUUUGGGGUGAUAACCACCUGGGUCACCCAGGGGUCAGCUCUUGGCAUCAUCCCUUCCAGGCUUCUUCUUCUGUGUUGCCUCUGACCUGGCUCUCCGCUCACCGUCGUCUACAGCUUGGCAGGGGUGUCCCCAUCCCGGAAGGUGUGCCUACAACGUGGGGUGACAGCUGCCGUCAACGGGUCACCGAAGGGUCACAUCUGAGCACCCCCGGCUGCCGCCAUCCAAGCAUUGUCUUCCUUGUAGUUUUGGUUCCCUGUUAUCGGCUUCGCUUUUUCUUGCGCCCCCAAACUCAACCCCCCUUUUUUUUACUCUUACGCAAGACGUUGAUUGUAGCCCUCCCUGUAUUUACCUCCUAGUUUUUCGCACCCCCUUUUUUUUUUUAAACCUCCUUGUAAGCCCCCGCCUCCCAAUUUCUUAUUUACCACCUUAGUCUUGUAUCUUCACGACUCCAAGACGUCCCUCGUAAGCCCCCCACACAUUUCUCCUAUCGUCUCACUCCUCGCAUUUCUUUACCUAUACUCCUGGUUGGGCUCUUAUAACACGAGGGGAGGGGGCCCCUGGCAUGGUUCCUCGUCUGGUACCUGUAUUCGGAGUGUAUCGGAUACUGGCUCCUUGGACAACCGCUGUCAACAUAAUCACCUCGUCUUCAUCAUGUCAAUGAAUAACCUCCUGGAAGGACCUUUCAGCAACCAGAGUCGCCGGCAGACACCUGGAAAGUAUGAUGAUCAUGGAAACAGCAACGGCAGUCAUGUAAAGAUCUUUCUACCCAAGAAGCUGCUCGAAUGUCUACCAAAAUGUUCAAGCUUACCAAAAGAAAGACAUCGUUGGAACACUAACGAGGAAAUCGCAGCUUAUUUAAUAACAUUUGAAAAGCAUGAAGAAUGGCUGACAACCUCCCCUAAAACAAGGCCACAGAAUGGUUCCAUGAUACUGUACAAUCGGAAGAAGGUGAAAUACCGGAAAGAUGGAUAUUGCUGGAAAAAGAGAAAAGAUGGGAAAACAACACGAGAAGAUCAUAUGAAACUCAAAGUCCAAGGAGUGGAGUGUCUAUAUGGCUGCUAUGUUCAUUCGUCCAUCAUCCCAACUUUCCACAGAAGAUGUUACUGGCUUCUACAGAAUCCUGACAUUGUAUUGGUCCAUUACUUGAAUGUCCCAGCCAUAGAGGAUUGUGGGAAGCCGUGUGGUCCUAUUCUUUGUUCAAUCAACACAGACAAGAAGGAAUGGGCAAAGUGGACAAAGGAAGAACUUAUAGGACAGCUGAAACCUAUGUUUCACGGUAUUAAGUGGACGUGCAGCAAUGGAAACAGCAGUUCAGGGUUUUCUGUGGAGCACCUUGUUCAGCAGAUACUCGACAGUCACCAGAGCAAACCUCAGCCUCGGACGCACAACUGUCUCUGCACUGGCAACUUAGGUGCAGGUAGCAGUAUUCAUCACAAAUGUAACAGUGCCAAACAUCGCAUCAUCUCACCAAAACUUGAGCCAAGGACAGGAGGCUACAGCGCUCACUCAGAGGUACAAAAUAAUGAUGUUUCAGAAGGAAAGAAUGAGCACAGUCAUGGGAAAUCCUCCAGCCGAGAGAAAAGGAAUGGCAAAAUGGCAAAACCAGUGCUGCUUCAUCAAAACAGUACAGAGGUUUCUUCAACAAAUCAAGUAGAGGUUCCUGACACCACCCAGAAUUCCCCUGUGUCCAUCAGCAGCGGCCUGAAUAGUGAUCCAGAUAUGGCCGACAGUCCUGCUGUCACUGGUGUCUCUAGCAUGGCUGUUGCCUCAGUCAUGGGUAGCCUCUCUCAAAAUGCCACUGUGUUUAUGUCUGAAGUCACCAAUGAAACAGUGUACACAAUGUCACCAAACACUGGUCACAAUCAACACCUCUUGUCCUCAGAUACAACCACCCAGGGACUCGUAUUAGCAGUGAGUUCAGAUGGCCACAAGUUUGCCUUCCCAACGACAGGUAGCUCAGACAGCCUGUCUAUGUUGUCUGCUAAUGUCUCAGAAGAACUUGUAUUGUCUACCACCCUAGAUAGCGGAAGGAAGAUAACAGAAACCAAUAUGAAUUUUGACCCAGACUGUUUCCUAAACAACCCAAAGCAAGGGCAGACGUACGGUGGAAGUGGUCUAAAAGAAGACAACAUUAGCACUAAUAUGCGAAGGUCAUCCAGCACAGAACGAAGUUUUAGCUUCAACACAACUUUAACAAAAGAGAUAAAAACAGAAGAUACAACAUUCGAGCAACAGUUAUCGAAAGAGAGCUUUCCAUCUACGUCAUCAAAUACCCUUACCCUUACUCCCGGUUCCAGCUUGUUGCCAUCAGGUGGUGGACUCAGUCCUAGCACCACAUUGGAGCAAAUGGAUUUUAGUGCAAUCGACUCCAACAAAGAUUAUUCAGCCAGCUUCAAUCACACCGUGCAGAGUCCCCACGUCCAUCAGACACCUUCCCCUAGCUUCUUUUUACAAGAUGCCAGCAAACCAAUUCCCAUGGAGCAAAAUUCCCACAACAGUAUAAAUGACUCAAGCAACACAUACGUCAACACGUUAGGGAUGACAAAUGUCAAAACUGAAGCAUCCAGUCAAACUCCAACCAACUGUAAUGGUGCAAUUGAUCAAGGUAGAAUACAGUCAACAUCUUCUCUCCAACUUAUGCAAUUUCAAGCAAAUUAUCAAACAAUGACUAAUGAGGAGGUUCAAAUGGAGACAGCCCAACAGUCUGAAGGCAAUGAGAACCUUCUCAAACCCGGGGAUCUUCAGGCUUGCAAUGCUGAGCAUUAUAUGCAGUCGGAAAAUGGUACAGCAAUGAGGAAUGGCAAUGGCCUUCCUAUUUUGCAGGGAAACAUGGUGCAAGGACUCUACCCUGUUGCUCAUCAGGCGCUAAGCAACUCUUCCAACAUGGAACUUAAUUUAGAUCAUUUUGAUAUCUCCUUCAGCAACCAGUUCUCUGACCUUAUCAAUGACUUUAUAUCAGUGGAAGGAGGGAGUAACACAAUCUAUGGUCAUCAGCUGGUGACUGGAGAUAGCAAUGUAUUGCCUCAGUCAGAAGAUGGUAACAGACCCGCAUACACUCAGGCUGAAAUGUGCAUACCUUGUUGUAGCCCUCAGCAAGCAGGUAUGCAGCUAAACAAUUCUGAAACUGGAGCCACCACCAUGGCUUAUAUGCAUGUUGCCGAAGUUGUCUCAGCGGCAGCACAAAGUACCCUGGGGAUGCUGCAACAAAGUGGACGACUGUUUUUGGUGACGGACUACUCCCCUGAAUGGUCAUAUCCUGAGGGAGGAGUGAAAGUCUUAAUUACGGGGCCAUGGCAGGAAGCCAGCAAUAAUUAUAGCUGUUUGUUUGACCAGAUCUCAGUGCCUGCAUCUCUAAUACAACCAGGUGUCCUGCGCUGCUACUGCCCAGCACAUGACACUGGACUGGUCACCCUUCAGGUUGCCUUCAACAACCAGAUCAUCUCAAAUUCUGUUGUGUUUGAAUAUAAAGCGAGAGCCCUUCCAACACUGCCUUCCUCCCAGCACGACUGGCUCUCCCUGGACGAUAACCAGUUUAGAAUGUCAAUUCUGGAACGGUUGGAGCAGAUGGAGAGGAGAAUGGCUGAGAUGACCAGUUCCCAGCAGCACAAACAAAGUGUGGGUGGAGGCAAUGGAGGUGGAACUAACAGUGGUGGGAGCCAAGCACAGUGUGCCACUGGGCCUGGCUCCAUAGGAAGCUGUUUUGAGAGUCGGGUGGUGGUUGUGUGUGAGAAGAUGAUGGGCCGGGCCUGUUGGGCAAAAUCCAAGCACCUGAUUCAUUCCAAAACAUUCAGAGGAAUGACCCUGCUUCACCUCGCUGCUGCACAAGGAUAUGCCACCCUCAUCCAGACACUUAUCAAGUGGAGGACAAAGCACGCUGACAGCAUUGAUUUGGAACUGGAGGUCGAUCCUUUAAAUGUUGAUCAUUUCUCAUGUACUCCUCUGAUGUGGGCCUGUGCACUGGGUCACACCGAAGCUGCAGUAGUGCUGUAUAAGUGGGACCGACGGGCAAUCUCCAUCCCCGACUCUCUUGGCAGACUCCCUCUGUCUAUCGCCCGUUCCCGGGGCCAUGUGAAGCUUGCCGAGUGUCUUGAACAGUUACAAAGGGAAGAACAUUCUCAACUGGGGCAAAGUGCACGAUUACAAUGCCCCCCUGGUGCUGAGGCCAGCGCCGACAGCUGGUUAAACCAGUGGCAGAGUGAGGCCAUCAACCCACAGGAGACUCAGAAGGGCGUCACAAUUAUUUCAAAUGCCAAUGCAGAAUUGAGAAGACCAAGAUCAGAGCCCUCUAAUUACUACAGUACUGAAAAUCCUAAAGAUUACCCAGCUGCUAAAAAACACAAGUUGAACCCUGAAUAUUUCCAGGUUAGGCAGGAGAAGAUGAUUGCUACAGCUCUAAGCCUGGAGCAGUCAACCAUCAGGAAGCAAAGCUGCAGCUCCAAGCAGCCAAUGACCGAAUCUACCCACGGGGAAGAAAUGCGCCACUUUGCCAGAGAGCUUCCUCAACGUACUCCGGAUACCUCCGGAUACAGAGCAGGACUGAAGUGGAACCAGAAGGAGCUCUACAUGGGCCAGGUCACAGGAACAUCGAAGGCUUCAGGACUGGGGAAGGAUAUUGUUGGGCAUAGGCUGCGCCAGAGGGAACAGAUGAGUGUCUUAAUGAUGUCUGAGAGGGAAAUGGUGGAUGCCGAUCUACUGUCUUACAGAGAAAACAUGGAGAAUGAUGAAUGCUUACAACACAUGGAUGAGCUUCAGGUGAACAUGAUGAAUCUGGCAGAACAGAUCAUAGAGGCCACACCUGACCGGAUCAAGCGGGAGAACUUUGUGCCCAUGGAAUCUCCACUGACCGAGAGGGCAGACACCGCAGCGCUUAGCACCACCAUGAGCUGGCUGGCCAGUUAUCUUGCUGAUGUUGAUCACUUACCUAGUGCUGCACAAAUACGGUCGCUGUACAGUGAACCACUGACUCCUUCCUCCAACACCAGCUUAAGUCCUGCGUGUUCCCCCAUGAGUGAAACAAACUUUGAAAAACCCAGUCUGCCCUCUGCUGCUGAUUGGUCAGAAUUUCUCAGUGCGUCCACCAAUGAGAAGGUGGAAAAUGAAUUUGCCCAGCUGACCCUGUCCGACCAUGAACAGCGAGAACUCUACGAGGCGGCCAAACUCGUCCAGACCGUGUUCAGGAAGUACAAGGGUCGUCCAUUAAGGGAACAGCAGGAUGUGGCUGCGGCCGUCAUACAACGCUGCUAUAGAAAGUACAAACAGCUUACAUGGAUAGCCUUGAAGUAUGCACUUUAUAAAAAGAUGACCCAAGCUGCAAUCCUCAUCCAGAGCAAAUUCAGAAGCUAUUACGAGCAGAAGAAGUUCCAGCAGAGCCGGCGCGCCGCGGUGCUCAUCCAGCAGUACUACAGAAGCUACAAAGAGUGCGGGAGAAUGCGCCAAAAGCGUCGGACGGCUUCACUCGUGCAACACAAACUCAGAAGCAGUCUCCUGACAAAAAAACAAGACCAAGCUGCUCGGAAGAUCAUGAGGUUUUUACGUCGCUGCCGUCACAGCCCUCUGGUGGACCAUAGACUGUUCAAAAGGUGGUCUUCAACAGAGAAGGAUCUAGGACUCACCAAAGAGUUGGGACCACUUCAACAGUGUUUGAGUUUAAAGAACUCAUAA